AUGCCCCGAUUUGAAUAUCGCGACACCUCCCCAACCCCCACGCAGGCAGAAACCCACCCCAUAGUCAACGCCGCAUACCAAGGCCACUACAACGUCGCCGAGUUCCUCAUUCAAAAACAGAGCCAACCUGAGCGACAUCGAUGUCGAAACUGGAUUCAUGCCUCUCAUGCUCGCUUGUCAGAACGGGCAUUCCGAAGUCGCGGAGUUACUGAUUGA